AUUAAGAAUCAAGCACGGCAAUGACUGGGCGACGAUCGGAGCGGCUCUCGGACGGAGCGCCUCCUCCGUAAAAGACCGAUGCCGGCUGAUGAAGGACACCUGUAACACAGGGAAAUGGACGGAGAAAGAGGAGAGGAGGCUGGCUGAAGUGGUCCACGAAAUGACCAGCACGGAGCCCGGGGACAUCGUCACGCAAGGAGUCUCCUGGGCCGCUGUGGCCGAGCGGGUGGGAACCCGGUCGGAGAAGCAGUGCCGCUCCAAAUGGCUCAACUACCUCAACUGGAAGCAGAGCGGAGGGACCGAGUGGACCAAGGAAGACGAAAUCAACCUCAUCCUCAGAAUAGCAGAGCUAGAAGUCGCGGAUGAGAAUGGCAUCAACUGGGAUUUGCUGGCGGAAGGAUGGAGCAGCGUCCGCUCCCCCCAGUGGCUCCGGAGCAAAUGGUGGACCAUCAAGAGGCAGAUCGCGAACCACAAAGAGGUGUCAUUUCCCGGUAAAGUCACCUUAGGCCUAAUUCCUGGCUUCCUUUCGGACCGAAGAGUUCAGUUCAGCUCGUAUUUUAUUGUUUUGUGUGCCUGUUUUACAGGAACCCUCCCACCCUCAGAGUCUGCACCUGGGCCUGCACUAGAUCAGGCUCAGUGGCAUUCAAAUGGGGUUAGAUUUUGCCCCUUUUGCGCCUGGGUAAGAAUUCAAGACUAUGUCCCCGCUUCAUAUGGCGCCUGCGCAGCCUCCGCCAAGCAUCUGGAGCGCGCACGCAUGCCCAGUGCACGUGGUGGAUGCCCAGCCCCAUCGCAGCGGGAUCCGGAACUUACCACUCGUGAGUUUGGCAGCACAAGAGGAAACCGCCUGCGUAACAACCCGUUGUUAUCUUUCCUCUUCCUAGAUCCCAUCUUACAACACCAUGGAGAGAAUUCUCACCUCAUCGGCUCUUCUUUGGACAGCCCGAGUUCCGAAGACUCCAAGGGCAUGGAGAACUUGGUCAGCUGCCACUGAGGAGGACCUCCCUGGUCCGUUAUCUCCUGCGUUGGUCAAAGGAGGAGGGGUCAACCUGGCCGGGGUGACCCAGAGGCACCUUGGGGCUCUCUCCUGAUCUCAAGCGGAGACCGCCAUCUCCAGCCCAAAGUUCCUGCAUUCAAGGUGGCUUGGGAUGGACAGGGAGGAGAUCCAAUGCUCCAGGCCACUAACCCGGCAGUAAACAAGCGGAAUUGAGGUGGCACCGUUUAGAAUCCGCACCGGUCCUCCUGCUUCGGGAUGAGAAUAUAGUUUCAGCGUUGCAAACACCGCGGGAGCAAGAAGGGACGUGACGAGAAAAAGAUUUAUUUUACGAGGGGUUCCAGAGGCUGUUCAAGCAGCCGAAAAGCCGGAUCGAGAUUUUCCUUGAAAGUGAAGAAUCUGUUGCUGGCAACGGAUGUCGCACCGGAGGAUCGGACGUAAUUCUUAAACUACCACAGCUAAAAAAAAACAAGUGGAGGAGCACGGAGACUCUCAAGCGGUGAUAAAUUUAGGAGUCCGUUUUAAACGCAACUGGUAUCGAUUCAAAAAUCAGCGGCAGAAGCCCAAAGGAAGCCAGCUUGGAUGAGACGUUCCAUUGGAACCAGCUUCGGUGAGGGACGGCGGCUCCACACGUCCCGUCUUCACGGGAAAGGCUCCGCACCCCAAAACACGAAGCUGAAAUUCGGCGGCCACUUGGCGAGGCAACCCGACUCUUCCCUACUUACAAAGGCUGUGGGGUUAAAACCGAUCCAAAUCAGUAUUGACUUCUGUAAUUAUCAAGCUUCCUCCGAGGUUCAAUCUGCGUUCGGUCCGCAGCUUCGUCCGCGUACGACAAAAUUUGUAGUCAACGCGGCGGGUCAGCGGCCGUGGGAACAAGAGGAAAUUAAGCAGCUUAACGCAAGCGAGAAACUCUCUCUCUCUUCUGUCAUAGUAAAUGCCUUUUUAUUUAUAAUGUAGUAUAGACAUUUGCAGUGCUGCGGGGGGUGUUUUUUUUUGUACAUGUAAUAAAAAAGGCCAGUUUUUCCCCCCACACACACACCCAAUGGGGGGGGAAAGGAUGUGCCACUCUGAAAAACACAA